UCGCAAUCACUUAUCUUCUUCCUUGCACAAGCUGUCGCGUUGUGUGAGACUGAAACGGAGAAACCUCAGCGCCGUUUACCUAUUUGGAAGUCCCGGUACGAAGCCUGGUUAGACACUCCCGCUUCUCCCACCGGAAUACAUCCGAGUACAGAUCGCAGAGCGACAUUCACCAAAGACAACAGCUGCCAAGAACGGGGCUCUUCGAGGCACCAUGCCGGCCGUCGUGUCACGGUUCCAGCAAGGGCCAGGCAGGAAACGCAAGGCGCAUGCAAAGUCUCGAAAGGGAUGUGGUAAUUGUAAGCUAAGAAGAGUAAAGUGCGAUGAGACAAGGCCGCGCUGCAAGAAGUGUCUCUCGUAUGGCGUUCUGUGUAGCUAUGACGGCUCGAAACCCGCAUUGGAUCUCGCCGCUCAUGGGUCUUUCCAAGUAGACCUUACCCAGAGCGCACACGUGGAGAAGAUUGUCGCUUUCAGCACGCCGCCGCAGAUGCCGCCAGUGUCGGUCAAUCGGAUUAUGGCGGCAACUGUUCAAGACUCGCUAAGUGCCGCUGCCGUGGGCAUGGAUAUGAGCACAGCAAUGCCCGGGUCGGAGCCACUACAUCGAGUGUCGUUCUUGUCAUUCACCGCAGCGGACCUGGAGAUUGUUAAAAGGUUUCAGGAGCGGACAGUGAUGACCAUCGGAACUAGGAAAACGGCGUCGACUUAUAGGGAUUGCAUUUGCCAUCUUGCAUUUACCCAUCCUUUCCUCAUGCAUAUGAUUCUCAGUCUCACAUUGCUGCACGACGCUUACCUCGCCUCCCCACAAUUAGAACCCAACCCUCGUGCCGCAAACUACCAGUAUGCGUCGCUCCAGCACUGGAACAUAGCCACGAAACUCUUCAAUCAGAUUCUCUCCCGGCCGAUCCCCGAUUCCUACCGCGACGCGAUCUGGGCCACAGGCGCGCUACUAGGCGCCGCAGUAGCCGCCUACGUCGAAACCACAAACGCCGAAGAAGCGUGGCCACUCAAACCCACGGACCCCAACGACCUUGACUGGUUAAAGCUCAGCGAGGGCAAGAAGGCGAUAUGGCACAUCGCCGAACCGGCAAGAUACGAUAGCAUCUUCCACUCUCUAGCGAAGGACAUGAGCCAUUUCAUGUUUCCUCAAAUCGCCAGGGAUACCGAUUUGUCGCUGCUACCCGAUCAGCUCAAGCACCUGUUCGGUAUCACGCCUGGAUCUACCAUCGAGAGCAACGUGUAUCACCUCCCCUUGCUGAUCCUGGCCCGGCUCCAGCAUAUGACGCUGAAUCAUGACAACGUGCUCAAUUUCUUGUACUUCAUGGGGUUUAUGACGCCCGAGUUCAGAGUGUUGUUGGAGUCCAAGGAUCCGCGGGCGCUGCUUCUGCUGUUGUGGUGGUUCCGCAAGCUCGAGGUGGGCGAGAUGUGGUGGCUGAAGCGGAGGGCGAUAGUGGAGGGGAAGGCUAUAGAGAUAUGGCUCGAGAAGGGGUACGGCGGAGAGGAUGGCCUUAUUCGACUGUUUGGAAGUAUGCCGCAGGCACACCGGGAGAGCGAUGGGAUGGGGGAAGUGGCUGAUAGCACCGCUGGUGUGGGCGACGUAUCACCAUCCCUGACGGAUUGGAUACGCCGAGAGGGGGGGAAUAGUUGGUGUCCUGUGCAGUGAGGAGCAUCGCGAGGAUUGCGCAAGGCUGGCGGGCGGUCGCUCUUGCCUUGCGACCUGCUGCUACUGCUGCUGAGUAAUGCGCACGCUCUUCGCCUCAAGGUCACCCACUCUUCACUCCUCACCUCCAGCUCUCAUAUCCAUUUCUGAC